UUAUUUUGAAAGAAUGUUUUUGAAUAUCUGACAGUCUUUUGUUUCAAUGUUUGAAAAGCAAUGUCAUUUUCUAGUAAGCUAAGUGAGCGACAGUGUACACAUGAAUGAAAAACAUAUUAUAAAAAAUGGCACCGAUACGAUACAGCUUGCACUAUGAAGAUUAUUCUGAACACAUGAUGUCGAGAUUUGGUAAACUUUUGCAGAUGCAAUCUCUUGUGGAUAUGACACUAAUGUGUAGUUCUCACACUUUGCGCGUACACAAAGCCGUACUUGCCGCAUGUAGUGCAUAUUUUCAGGAGGUGUUGCAGAAACGUACCGGAGAACCAUUAAUAAUAUUGAACAUGCGUUUUGGUGUUAUGAAAUGUCUAGUGGAGUUUAUGUAUUGUGGCAAGACGCAGUGCCCCGAAGAAUAUUUAGACGAAUUAGUAUCAGCUGCACAGUUUCUAAAAAUAAAAGGUUUAUCGAAAGUUACGAAAGCAGGACUUGGAAUAAACAACAACAGUGAGUUGCCAGUAUUCACACCGCCUGUCGUAAUAGAUCGUCCACCACAGUCGCUCGUGGACCUCCACACGCAGAAUGGUACAGAAUCCAGUUCGAAUAUUAAAUUACCAAUGAAUAGUUCAAAUCAAGCGGACAGCAGAAAUACUGACGACGCAGUGCUACGCAUUCCGUUUGAUAUCGAGAACAAGGUAAUGAGCGGCGACUACGAUCUUCGAUCUGUUCGGAGAUCCAGAGGAAGACCUAGUUGUCGACAAAAUGGCAGUUGGGACGGGAGUGGAACACUCGGUCGAGCUGCAGAGAGAGCUUUGAUGAGACGAGAACAAGACUCGCGAAAGGCCAUACAUCAUUUAAAGAACCUACAGAGCAGACAAAUGCAGGACUACAUGGACAGAACAUUGUCACAAGCUGUCAGCACUAUUUGCGAACCAGAAUCUAAUUCAAACUACAUGAAUAUGGAUAGUGAUUUGAUAUAUAUGGAUCGAACUGUUUCGCCGAAUGUUUUGGACACACCCAUGCCGUUUUCUAAAGAACGUUCUGUAGGUAAUGAAACGGUCACUUCUAGUUUUGCAACAGCGUCAGAUAUGAAUAAAAGUUGUAAUAACGGCAUUAGUGAUGCUAUGUCACAAUAUGUCAACGUAUUGAAAAAUGCUGGGCUACCAACUGACCUACCUAUAUUAUUUGAGUCGGGCGAUGGAUCAUAUAUAAAUGUGAACGAACAAGUCCUUUUAGACAUGGUACAAAGCAAUGAGAUACAAUAUGAAGUAAUUGAGCAACCAAAUAUCAUAGAAAAAGUAGCAGAUCCGAGUGAAAUUAAAAGCAUCGAUGAUCUUUCCAAGUCAAUAAAACGUGGCGAAAUGUUAAUCGGGUCGAACAAUAAUUUUAUGUCUAACAACUCCAAUUUUGAAAAAACUAUUGGGCACGAAGAUGCAAUUAAUAGUUUAAAUUCCUUGUUACCUGACGGCCUAGACACAUACAACGAAUCGCAAAAUUAUGGUGUUAUAGGAGAUGGACUACAAAAUAACAGUAGCUCGAUAGACAGCGAUAAUACAAAUGAUUUUUCAUGUAUUGAUAAUGACAUGCAGUUUUUCACAAAAUCAAUGAGCGAAGACGUCAAGAAGUAUUACGAAGAUCAGCCACUUGGUGAAUCGAGGAGCAUUGACCACUUGUGUCCAGCAAGUACCUCGCUGGACACUAGUUUCAGCAUGUCGUUGUUAGACACGAAGAAUUCUAACGAUAAUAUGUCUAACCAAUUCAAUCCACUAAACCCUGUUAGAAGUGACUGCUAUGACUUCAGCUUACAAUUAUCUCAAACACCACAGUUUAAAGAAGACGACAUAGAUUGUUUAAUCGCGUCGACGAAACAGUCGGAUGUGGAGAGAAGUUACGACAGUGAUCGAAAUGAAACUAGAGUUCAAGAUCAGGAUGAAAUAAUGAAAGACUUAAUUGAUUUGGAAAACAAAAUUCGCGCAGACAACAGUGACUCUAACCUUAAUUUAAGAGAAACCUGUAAAGAGAGUGAUAUUGAAAAUUUGAACUCUAUAUUUCAAAAUGACAAUGAAAGUGCUGCUGCAAUUGAUUCUAUAGAUUCGAAUAAGAAUUUUUCUCCAGCUGCAGCGACCGAUUUACAAUGGGAUAGAGAAAAUACAUUUAGUGAAAAUAUUAGAGACGAAAAUACUCUAAACACCAAGCCAGAUCAAGUAGACUCUGCUAUUGAUUUAACUGAAAAAAUGACCAAUACACAAGAUGACAACUGUGUUACAAGCAAAAAUAGUGGUAUUUCUGAUGAAACAGAUAAUUUAAACGCAAUGCCCAAAGAGGACAUACCGUUCGCUGUGGGUUUACUGCCACUUAAACAAUUUCACUCAGUGGAAGAAAGCAUAGACAAUAUUUGUAAAAGAAAGUUAAAUGAUGACGACUUGCGCAAUGUUGAUGCGAAGUGUUUAAAACGUAAGGUUAAGCACAAAAUAGUAGAUAAUUAGGCUGUUUUUGUAGAAAUGUAAAUAAAAAUAUAUUAUAUUC